AUGAAUGAAACGUGUAGGAUAUCGGAUAGUGCGUCAUCCCAAUCAGAUGACAUAUAUUUAAGCUGCGGAAGUGAUCAGUAUACAGCGGGUGUCAGAAUUGUUGAGGAUAGUUCCGAAACAUUCAGUGUAUGGGAAUUGCUUUGUUGUAGUGAUAAAUCAAUUAAAAUUCGGAUGAAUGAUUGUAGUGAUACCAAAUUUCUAAAUGAGCACCAUCGAUCGUCAACAUUUUUUACUGGCACACAAAUUGUACGCAAAUGGCAAGCUGUACUCGAUGAUAAUGAUCUGCUAUGGUGGCUUCAAUUGUGUCCCGUGGAUAUUCGGGAUAAGAAUAAAAUAGAAUAUAGUACUUCCUCAAGAGCUCGACGUCAAAUUCCAUGGCAAUGGACUCAUAGCCAUUUUGAUUCUGUUGUUAGUUUUCAGAUUUUAUGGAAAAUCCAGCUCCUACAAUAA